GCCGCGCGGCACCGACGCGGGGAGCGCGCCUCGCGCUGACUCAGCGGCGGCCCUGGCGCUCUUUCCCUUCCUGGGGCGCUGACUCCGCCCGCCUGCUCGGUAGCCUACCCGCCCGGCGCCACGCAGGAGAAGGUGCCAGGGGACGCAGAGCAGCAGGAGGCGCGCGGCCCCCGCCCCUCCAUCUCCUGCGUGGGCGCUGCGGCCGCCGCAGAGGACUACAGCGACGAGGACCCUCCGGAGUGCAGGCGGGCAGGCAGCAUGGAGCGAUAGGAAGAUGUUUGUGGAUUCUUCUGUGGGAUCAGAGGGCACGCCUAUUAUAACCGGGAAACUCCAAGUAUAGCAGUGAGGAUGGAUGAACAGGCUCUUUUAGGGCUAAAUCCAAACGCUGAUUCAGAUUUUAGACAAAGGGCCCUGGCCUAUUUUGAACAGUUGAAGAUUUCCCCAGAUGCUUGGCAGGUGUGUGCAGAAGCUCUAGCCCAGAGGACAUACAGUGAUGAUCACAUAAAAUUUUUCUGCUUUCAAGUACUAGAACAUCAAGUUAAAUACAAAUACUCAGAACUAACCACUGUUCACCAACAGCUAAUUAGGGGGACGCUCAUAUCUUGGCUUCAAGCGCAGAUGCUGAAUCCCCAACCAGAGAAGACCUUUAUACGAAAUAAAGCAGCCCAAGUCUUCGCCUUGCUUUUUGUUACAGAAUAUCUCACAAAAUGGCCCAAGUUUUUUUUUGACGUUCUCUCAGUAGUGGACCUAAAUCCGAGAGGAGUAGAUCUGUACCUCCGAGUCCUCAUGGCCAUCGACUCAGAGCUCGUGGACCGUGACGUCGUGCACACGUCAGAGGAGGCUCGUAGGAAUACUCUCAUAAAAGAUACCAUGAAAGAACAAUGCAUUCCAAAUCUAGUGGAAUCAUGGUACCAAAUACUACAAAAUUAUCAGUAUACUAAUUCAGAAGUGACAUGUCAGUGUCUUGAAGUAGUUGGGGCUUAUGUCUCAUGGAUAGACUUGUCUCUGAUAGCCAAUGAUAGGUUUAUAAAUAUGCUGCUAGGUCAUAUGUCAAUAGAAGUUCUCCAGGAAGAAGCAUGAGACUGUUUAUUUGAAAUUGUAAAUAAAGGAAUGGACCCUGUUGAUAAAAUGAAACUAGUAGAAUCUUUGUGUCAAGUAUUACAGUCUGCUGGAUUUUUCAGCAUUGACCAGGAAGAAGAUGUCGACUUCCUGGCCAGAUUUUCUAAGCUGGUAAAUGGCAUGGGACAGUCGCUGAUAGUUAGCUGGACUAAAUUAAUUAAGAAUGGGGAUAUCAAGAAUGCUCAAGAGGCACUGCAAGCGAUUGAAACAAAAGUGGCGCUGAUGCUGCAGCUCCUGAUCCAUGAGGAUGACGACAUCUCUUCCAACAUUAUUGGGUUUUGUUACGAUUAUCUUCAUAUUUUGAAACAGCUUACAGUGCUCUCGGAUCAGCAGAAAGCUAAUGUAGAGGCAAUCAUGUUGGCCGUUAUGAAAAAAUUGACUUAUGAUGAAGAAUAUAACUUUGAAAAUGAGGGUGAAGAUGAAGCCAUGUUUGUAGAAUACAGAAAACAACUGAAGCUGUUGCUGGACAGGCUGGCUCAGGUCUCCCUGGAGCUGCUGUUGGCGUCUGUUGGCAGAGUGUUUAGCUCUACAGUGCAGAACUGGCAGACCACGCGGUUCAUGGACGUGGAAGUGGCGAUAAGGUUGCUGUAUAUGUUGGCUGAAGCUCUUCCCGUGUCUCACAGUGCUCAUUUCUCAGGGGACAUUUCCAAAGCUAGUGCUUUGCAGGAUAUGAUGCGAACUUUGGUAACAUCAGGAGUCAGUUCCUAUCAGCAUACGUCUGUGACAUUAGAGUUCUUUGAAACGGUUGUUAGAUACGAGAAGUUUUUCACAGUCGAACCUCAACACAUUCCAUGUGUACUAAUGGCUUUCUUAGAUCACAGAGGUCUGCGGCACUCCAGUGCAAAAGUCCGGAGCAGGACUGCAUACCUGUUUUCUAGAUUUGUCAAAUCUUUCAAUAAACAAAUGAAUCCUUUCAUUGAAGAUAUUUUGAAUAGAAUACAAGAUUUAUUAGAGCUUUCUCCACCUGAGAACGGUUACCAGUCCUUGCUGAGCAGUGAUGACCAGCUGUUUGUCUAUGAGACGGCUGGAGUACUGAUUGUCAGCAGUGAGUACCCAGCUGAGAGGAAGCAGGCCCUAAUGAGGAAUCUGUUGGCCCCACUGAUGGAGAAGUUUAAAGUUCUGUUAGAGAAGUUGAUGCUGGCACGAGAUGAAGAAAGGCAGGCCUCUCUAGCAGACGGUCUCAACCAUGCAGUGGGGUUUGCCAGUCGAACCAGCAAAGCUUUCAGCAACAAGCAGACCGUGAAACAAUGUGGCUGUUCAGAAGUUUAUCUGGACUGCUUACAGACAUUCUUGCCAGCCCUCAGUUGUCCCUUACAAAAGGACAUUCUCAGAAGUGGAGUUCGCACUUCCCUUCAUCGAAUGAUUAUUUGCCUAGAGGAAGAAGUUCUUCCAUUCAUCCUAUCUGCCUCAGAACACAUGCUCAAAGAUUGUGAAGCGAAAGACCUCCAGGAGUUCAUUCCUCUUAUCAACCAGAUUACAGCCAAAUUUAAGGUGCAGGUGUCCCCGUUCCUGCAGCAGAUGUUCAUGCCCCUGCUGCACGCCAUCUUCGAGGUGCUGCUGCGGCAGGCAGAGGAGAACGACCAGUGUGCGGCGCUGGAGAAGCAGAUGCUGCGCCGCAGCUACUUUGCGUUCCUGCAGACAGUCACGGGCAGCGGGAUGAGCGCUGUCAUCGCCAACCAGGGUGCAGAGAAUGUGGAAAGAGUGCUGGUCACUGUUAUCCAAGGAGCAGUUGAAUAUCCAGAUCCAAUUGCACAGAAAACGUGUUUUAUCAUCCUCUCAAAGUUGGUAGAACUCUGGGGAGGUAAAGAAGGACCAGUGGGAUUUGCUGAUUUUGUUUAUAAGCACAUCGUGCCUGCGUGUUUCCUGGCACCUUUGAAGCAGACCUUUGACCUGGCGGAUGCGCAGACAGUGCUGGCUUUAUCUGAGUGUGCAGUGACGCUGAAAACCAUUCAUCUCAGACGGGGCCCAGAGUGUGUUCAGUAUCUUCAACAAGAAUACCUGCCUUCCUUGCAAGUAGCUCCAGAAAUAAUUCAGGAGUUUUGUCAAGCGCUUCAGCAACCUGAUGCGAAAGUUUUUAAAAAUUACUUAAAGGUGUUCUUCCAGAGAGCAAAGCCCUGAGGACCGGACCACCCUGUGUGCACUACCUGAUCAAGAAUUCCAGUUAAUUAUUUAUAAAGAAGUGACUUUUGUGUGCCAUUCUCACUGGUCUUUUUAACAUUGUUUUGAGCUUCUUACAGUAUGUGUAUUGGGAUUUUUCUGUAAAAUGGGUAUAAUUUUCCCUGAACACAGGUAUGUGACAACAAGAGAAGUUGUGUGCUUGCCAACUCAGAUUCUUCUAUAUGAAAAUGCUGUUGAAAGACACAGCAGUUAUCUUAGUACCUUAAUUUUUUUAUUUGAAACUUUAAGUCAAGUCCUUUUUAAGACUAUAGCCGUGGAAAACAGUGUACUUUGUAAAAAAUUGCUGAAUAUAAAAUGUUUGAAAAAUAUAAUUUUCUUUUAUGUGUGCAAACACAUAAAGUAUGGGGGGUAUAACAAUCAAAACUAAUUUUUGUAGAUAGCCAUUACAUUUCUUUAAACUGUCUCAAUGCCAAUGUGUAUUCUACAAAAGAAAAUGGUUUCAUAAAUUAAUUGAUUUAAAAGUAGGUGCCGGUGUUAUACAUUUUUUUAUAAAAAAUAAAAUAAAUU